AGUUGGGGGGGUCACAAGGAGACCUGGAGAGACCGGAUCAACCAGAACCGUCUGCAAGGACAGAACAGGAAAGACUUUCCUCUCAGAAAAACAACCCAGAUCACUCUGAAGAGAGCAGGAACCUGAAGACCAGCUGACGGCUGCAUGUGUCAGUGUUCCCUGUGACCAUAAUUACCUGAGUAAGGAAGCCCGCGAGGCUCAGAUCUACCGGUGAUGCUGCAGCUGUGCCAAGUCACCAGCGCUCUGUUCAUCAGCAACGCCCGCUCGGCCUGCAGCGACGAGCUCCUCCAGCAGGAGGCGGUGACGCUCUGCAUCAACGUGUCCAAGCAGCAGCCGUUCUCCGCCGCCGCCGUCGCCAAGCUGCGCGUGCCCGUCUACGACGACCCCAACGAGGACCUGUACGCCCACUUCGACCGCGUCGCCGACGCCAUCCAGAAGGAGGUGAACCGCGGGGGGCGUGGCCUCGUGUACUGCAAGAACGGACGCAGCCGCUCGGCCACCGUGUGCGUCGCCUACCUGAUGAAAUACCGCGGGAUGACGCUGAGCGACGCUCUGCAGAAAGUGAAGACGGCUCGUCACGAGAUCGAUCCGAACCCCGGCUUCAUGUCUCAGCUGAAGAGAUACGAGCAGGAGCUGAAGAAGAGACGAGGACGGAGGGACAGACAGGCUGAGAGACAGACA